AUGUCUCAUAUUCUCCUUCUCGAUAAUAGUCUCCUUUCCUUAAUCGUUGCUCAAGUCACCGAACACGCUGAUCGCCUCUCUCUUCGACAAACCUGCCACGUGUUUGAGGCUCUCGUCUCUCACCACCUCUUUCGCCAAGUGACGGUCUCCCCCAUCGGCAAUGAUCUUGCCAGAUACCUGCGCGUCGCUUAUAGUCCUAGGCUAAGCAAACACAUCCAGCAGCUGAUCUUUCUGGAGCUGGACUGUCCCAUCGCGGAAGGCCACAGGAACCAGUGGCCUUUCCCGCCUACCUCCGCACCCUGGGAAAGCCAGGUUCUUUGCGAAAAGAACGGUCUGUUUUGGCACUCAUAUUCGCCCUUGGAAGUUCCAAGUGGAAGCAGCGAUGAACAACUGUACAAGGUACAUGACGGACUUUUGCCUGUGUUUCUGGAGGCCAUUGCGCGGAUGCCCAAGCUCCGCACAUUCGUCUCCAUCCCCUGCGAUUAUGAUACCUACUGGGUUCGCUGUGGAAUAGAUCUCGCGCUUGCCCGAUCCAGAGAUUUCCGAAGCCAUCGUUGGCCGUACGCCUAUCGGCCGCAGCUCAACACGGAGGAAAAUGCCCCAGCAAGCAACAUCUUCAUGAAAGGGGCCGAACUUUACGUCCUUCCAGCUCUAGCUCAAAAGAACGUGGUCAGCAACAGGUGGCUCCAGCUCUAUUGGCAGAGCAGUACUUACUUCAUGUUCAAGGCUCCCCCAUUUCCCCUUCAACUGACGCACUUGCCAUGCCUAUCCGAAAAUCUUGGCGUCUUUGAAUUUAACAUGGGCACAAUCGACAACCCCGUGGCGGAGCCGGAGCGCCGUCAACGCCAUCUCGAGUUGCAACACAAACUGUUUUCUUGUCUCGCAAACGCCCAAAACCUCCGCACCCUACGACUCUCAGCAUUCCAAAGAUCCCCAAUCUCAUGGCCCUACGCUAAGAAGGCCCGUGACAAUUACUUCUUCGAUCUCCUGGCUGGACAAGCGACUGAUCCUAGCCGCGGUGAGCUUUACCUACCCAAGCUCGUCUGUCUGCGCCUUGAGACCGUGAACUUCAGUCAGGCGGCUUUGAUAAAAUUCGUCGCGCGUCACGCCAAGACUCUGCGCCGCAUUCACUUAGAUGACUGUCGCCUGGAGUUCAACACCGUUAAGCGUCUAGCCAGACUGCCUCUGCAUCUCGACAAGUUCGAAGUGACCUCGGUCACGGGAAUGAUCCGCAACAUUGGGAGGAUGGGAGAUCAGCAACACCAUUUUUUCGGAGGCCAUUGGACCAGAAUUUUCGAGUACAUCGCCCCGGCAAGCCUCCUUGGGUUGAUCAACAACCAUACCUCACCAGCAAUCGCGUGGGAAAACCUCGAACCCACCCGCUUUGGCCGCAUGCCCUACCAGGCACACUUCAACUUCCUGGCCACAACUGAGGAUGUCAGGGGAUCUUACCGAGUCAUGGAUGCCAAGGGGAUCGUUGUGUAUGGUGGCAACGAAUUCGAGCAACGCUGGGAAACGCUUGUUGAAGAAGGAAAGGGAAUCGACUUCCGACAGCCCAGCCAUCCGGAGAUGGCGAAUUGCUUGGGCGACGAACACGGAGAUGGAACGUACUACCCUGAUGAUGGUGCGGUCCGCUAUGCGACUGGUGAAGCACCUGGACUCGUCACUGCUGAUUCGGUACUUCUCGAGAAGCUGAAGCGGCGUGCUUUGGAGCUCUCACUGUCACCCAGGGAUAUGGAAGAGGUGCAGGCGCUUAUGGAUAGCUGCAAGCGCGAGGAGGGGGGACGAGGUAAUGAGGACUCGUCCUGA